UUGCUGGGUGCCAGAGCUCGAGUGCGAGCGAGCUCCAGUUCCUGCUGGCCUACCCACUGUGCUGCUCCUAUGGCGGACUCUCCUCUUAACAACUCCUGGCCGUCCUUCUCCAGACUCUGGAUGAAGAGAUGGUCCUUCAAGAGAGCAUCGGAGAGCAAGCCCUGCAGUCAGCCCUGUGAGCCUCCCAGUGCUCAUCUCAGUGUCCAGCCUACCAGUGCAAAAGGAUCUUCCUCCUCAUUGUCUCCUGUUUCUAUCACUGAGGAUGUCUCCUUUGGUUGCACCAGUGAUGACCAGGAUGCAUGUUCAGUGGUGAGCGACUAUGACUGCCCCUGCAUCGAGGAGAGCAGCAGUGUGGAGGACUUGCAGAGCAUCAGCCCCUCUCUCAGGGAUUCUGAGUACUUAAAAGAUCUGCAGGGAGGUACGCCGACCUCACAGACGACUGCAUCCACAGUGACCGCAGCCCCGGAGAGCGUCGACCUACAGGAGUCUCUAGACACAAACAGUCCAGCCCUAAACCGACCUGCACACACUUUUCUGACAACGCACUCCCCACAGUUAAAUGCACCAUUCCCAUCCUACGAACAGCCUACAGAAGAACUUCCUCACAACCUUGUGGUCACUCAGCUCAGUCCUAAGUCGUUACCAGGUGGGUUCACUGAUUGCGAGGACUCUCUCUGGGGAGGCUCUGCUGUAGGUCGGAGCUCACCAAAUAAUUUGAACGGAUUGUCGGGAUCAAUGGAAACCGCAUCGACAGCGGCGAUGGAGGGAGCACAGGACCGGUCCUCAAUGGAUUUUGAUGGAGAACCAGACCUGGACAGCUUUCCUAUUCUGAUCAGAUCCAUGUCUACAUCUCGGAGGCACAGCUGGGGUGUCCCUCUGUCCCCCAUCAACCUGGGGAGGAGACUCAGUCUCGACACCAAGGCCAUAGACAGUGAUGGAGAGAGAGAUGAUGAUGACGAGGAGCGACAGAAUAGUCUUUUCCAGUCCACCUACAGCUGCUCGCCGUGUCCUGAGGAGGACUCCGGCAGUCCUGAUGGCUUCAGCCUGAGGGACCACGGUGAGCCCGGCAGGCAGCUAUACUCCCGCUCAGAGAUCCUUGCUACAGACGAUUGCUCCCGUGCUGCACACAUUUCUCGUGUUGUACAGACAUCCAAACAGGCUGCCAGGGCAGCAGGAGCUGAGGAAUUUGACCCGGAAGAAAACCUGCAUUCUACUGAAGGACAGACCCAUAUAGAGAAGCAGAGAAACAGCAGAUCAGACACCAAAGAUUCAGGAAGUGUCACUUGGUACGAGUUCCUCUCUAACGAAAAUGAAGAAGAGGAGGAUCGUAUAGAGAAGGUGGAAAGGGGCACAAAAGUAAAAAGGACUCUGAGCUCUCUCAGGAACAGGAUGACCGGCUCCUUCAAUAAAGAUAAGGGUAAGAACCGCGAAAAAGAGUUUCAGAAAGAGAAGGUGAAGGACAAGGAGCCCAAAGAGAAAAUGUGUGGCAUUCACAGCAAUGGGCAUCAUUUGGUGCCAGGUUCCUUCUCCAGUUGUGCCACGUGCUCAUUGUGCAGCAAGGCGCUGCAGAAAAAGCAUGGCCUGCAGUGCACGAAUUGCGCUGUGAACGUUCACAAGAGCUGCAAGUCUCUGCUGGGAGAGUGCACCAGCAGCAAGAAUAAGAGAGAUACGCUACCGAAGACUGGCUCAUCGGGAUCUCCUAACCUUGCGCUAAAAGACCGGGACAGAGAGUGGGAUCAGGCGGGCCCAGCUGCAUCUCAGGCCCUGGAUGGCCAUCGAGGUUCAUUCAGUGGCCCAGGCAUGACCAUUAGUGCGUUGGGAUCUAGCGCUUCGCAAACCGCCCUCGCCACCAGCACUUCCACGGCUGCUACCUCCAGCAUUGGCUACAACCUUCAUUACAACAAUAGUUCAGCAUCCCUCCCUGGGGAGAUGGAUGAGACGGACACUCCCCGAUCCAAACGCUACAAUGAAGACGCGAUUUCCCUCGCUCCUUCGACCACCGAGUCCAUCAUUGUAGAAGAUGCUCACUAUGCAGCUGUGCGGGCUGAUCUGGAGUCUGAUGCUCAGGAUUUGGAGGCAGACUCGUGGAGUUUGGCGGUUGAUCAGCAGUAUCUCAAAAAGCACACUAAAGAAACGACGAAGAGACAAGAUGUGAUAUACGAGCUGAUGCAGACAGAGAUGCAUCAUGUGAGAACUCUGAAGAUAAUGCUGCGCGUCUACGUCCGGGAGUUGAAGGAGAACCUCCAGAUGGACGCAGGAAGGCUGGACUGUCUGUUCCCCCGCUUGGAAAACCUCCUCGACCUUCACACAAACUUCCUGUCUCGUCUCAAAGAGCGGCGCCGAGAAAGCCUCGUCCCGCCCAGCGACAGGAACUACACUAUCAACAAACUGGCAGACAUCCUGAUCGCACAGUUCUCAGGUGAAAUUGGAGAGAAGAUGAAGGACAGCUAUGGAGAUUUCUGCAGUCACCACCCUGAAGCUGUCAGCUACUACAAAGAUCAGCUGCAAAACAACAAAAAGUUCCAAAUCAUCAUACGAAAAAUCAGUCACCUGUCUAUUGUGCGGCGGCUCGGAGUGACUGAGUGUAUUUUAUUGGUGACACAGCGGAUUACAAAGUACCCGGUACUAGUUGAGCGCAUUCUUCACAACACUGAAGCUGGUACGGACGAGCAUGUGGAUUUGACUCGGGCGCUGGGUCUGAUCAAAGACACCAUCGUACAGGUGGACACGCUGGUUAAUCUCCACGAGAAGAACUCCAGGCUCGGAGAAAUACACAGCAGGAUGGAGCCCAAGGCACAGGGGAAAUUCAAAGACGGUCGUGUCUUUCGGAGGGAGGACCUCGCGCCGGGCCGGAGACGGCUGCUUCAUGAGAGCACAGUCAGCUGGAGAGCUGCUUCAGGCAGACUCAAAGAUAUUCUUGCCGUGCUGCUGUCAGAUGUGUUGCUUUUGCUUCAAGAAAAAGAUCAGAGAUAUGUAUUUGCUGCAGUGGAUAACAAGCCGUCAGUUAUCUCGCUCCAUAAGCUCAUAGUCAGGGAGGUUGCCCACGAGGAGAAAGCCAUGUUUCUUAUCUGUGCCUCUUCCAAUGAGCCGGAGAUGUAUGAGAUCCACACCGCCUCGAAGGAGGAGCGAAACGCAUGGAUGACGCAAAUACGACAAGCUGCGGAGAGCUGUCCUCACACUGAGGAAAGGCUGUUCAGUGAGGAAGAAGAGGCACGAGCUUCCAGAUUUAAAGAAUUUCGAGAACGGCUAAGCCAGAAGGAUGCAGUGAUCCUGCAGGCGCUGACCGAGAAGCUUCAGCUGUUUGCGGACAUGGCCGAGUCUGUGGCAGGGCUGGAAGACACAGCGUCGCGCUCCAGACUUCUGCUUCGAGGAGACUUCUCAGACCUCCAGCAGGGGGAGGUCCUGCUCAAAGGAGCUAUCACUGAGGUGGAGAACCUUCAGAACCUGCUGCAGUCUGGAGUGAGGGAGGGGCCUCCUGCGCCCGCCAGGUGGGAGGAGGGAAACGGCUCUGGGGUUCUGCCCAGGCGAGCCGACACGUUUGGGGGCUAUGACAGCACCCCCGCCAUCUUCAACAAGAAUGGCAGUGUGAAGAAGAACUUUUCUGGCGAGUCCAGAAACAGAGACAGGAGUCAAAGAGCCAGCUCUGACCCUCAGCUGAAAGACCUCUGUGGCAGCCACGCCCUGGAGCAGACGGUGGACGAGAGCUCUCCUGCCCGGUGGAAUCGCAUCUGGUCCGACUCGUUCCCAGAGGCUGAAUUCUUUGACAGAGUGCUGAUGCUCUCACAGAGGCUCUACAGUCUGCAGGCCAUCGUUUCACAGCAGGACAGUCAGAUCGAGCUGCAGCGGGCCUCGCUGACGGAGCGGGCCUCCCUGCCCGGCCGCCACAAGGGGAACGUGCUCCUGGAGCAGGAGAAGCAGCGGACUCUGGCCUUGCAGAGAGAGGAGCUGGCCAGCCUCCACAAGCUGCAGUCGCAGCACCGGCAGGAGCAGCAGCGCUGGGAGAAGGAGCGAGAGAGGCACCGCCAGCAGGUGGAGGCUACCGAGGCCAGGCUACGACAAAGAGAGGAGGAGUGCAGGAGGACGGAGGAGCAACUGGCAAAAGAGAGGGAGGAGUUGGACAUGCAGAGGGAGACGUACCAGCAGGACCUGGAGAGACUGAGAGAGUCCACCAGAGCUGUGGAGAAAGAAAAGGAACGCCUGGAACACCAGAAGAAGAUCAAGAGGAAGACCAUUGAGGUGGCUCCCCUUUCUGGAAGUCUAAAUGGAGAUCUCCUCAUGUCCUCUGGGUCCACCGACUUGCCUCCGAAGCCGCUGGUGCGUGGCAGCAUGUCCGUGGCACAAGCCGACUAUCCGGAGCGUCCCGAGGUGAUAGUGCGACGUGAGACGGGCUCCUCGACUUUGUCGCUAAAGACAGAUGUGCCGCUUCAUCUCUUCAGCACCACCAACCAGCUGCACAAGCCGGUCGGGGUUCAGCAGCAGAUCCCCACCAAGCUGGCAGCAAUCAACAGCGGCAAAGGGAAAGGAAGCAAGAGCGGCAAAGCUUCCCAUCGCACCGACAGCACCGCCUCGCUGGACAUGAAGCAGGCGCUCCCACUGAAGCUUUCCACCAAAGAGGACAACGCCCACAAGGUCAAGCGCUCCGUCAGCCCCCACCAGCAGGUCCCGAUGUCGGCCCCUCCUCAGUCGCACACCCCACAUCACCACGCAGAUCAGCCCAGUUCUCUAGACAACGCUGGACCAGACAUCGGGUCUGCCUCCCACCCUCCAAAUGUUCAGAAGCCCCCCAUGCCUCCUGCACAGUCCCAUUCUCAACCCUCCGUGCAGCCUCCCAUCAUACCUCCCCACUCCCAGAGCACCGGCGCUCUUCAGUUCCACUCCCCCGUGCAGCCGCAGAGCCUCAAUCCCGGUGCACAGGUUCAAGGGCUCAGCCACAGCCACAGCAUGCCGCCGCCCUACAAGUUCACCACAGAGGACCUCAAUAAGGAGGAUGUCAUCUUCUUCUGAUAGAGGAGAAACCAGUCCAGGGAUUGAUGGUGAUCCCCAUUAAACCAUACGGCCCAUUACGAAGAGCACCUUCCAUGCGAUCAUGUGACGUUCGAUGCAGGCAGACGCAUUGUUUCAGUAAGACUGGUGAAGUUUGUUGCGGGGAGAAGGGCUGCAGUGGUUCACACACAGAAAGAAAGUCGACAUUUGUUUUUAAUAACCCUCAUUUGGUCCUAAACUGCCAAUAUUAGUGUAAUCGUUUAAUCUUAUUUUAUUUAAUUUUUAGUUUUAUAUCUAAACUUAAUCGGCUGAAUCACGAAGGAGAGACCUUCGGGAAAACAAAGGCUCCUUCCAGAGUGUGGAAAAAAAGGUGUAAAUGAAGUUUUACCGAUCCAAAGACAUUAGCCGUGAGAGCUGAACCAGGAUGUGACUGAAAGGAAGAGAAACUGUUGUUUUUUUUGUCAAGAGGAGUGAAAUCAGGACAGUCGAUGAAGCGAUGGAGAUCUUACGGGACCUUGAACCACGUAAAAGAAACUCUUAAUACACAAACACUGUCUGCUCGAUGUUUCAUUUGCACAGUGUAAAUACUUCAGCCCAGACUGAUGGAUGAACAGACAAACUGUGUACUGUUUGAUUGUACAGCUGUUAAAAUGAUGAAGCUUCCUUUCAUUUUGUUAUUUGUCUUAAUUGUGUUUAUCGCUGAAGGUUCAAACUGAGGAUUAUGUCCUUGGUUUUUCAUCUUUUUAUGAAACCCGUCUUGUCUAAGCUGUCGCAUCCUAUUACUUCAUUUCAACCAAGGGGGAGUUGGGCUAAUUGUACAACUAAUGAAACUCAUGCAGAGUGAGACAAACUCGGAAUCUUUGUCACAUAGUUUGAACUCUUGGCAUCAUUUUCCCCCCAAACACUCUGUGUUGAAUAACAACAAAUAAAUGUUUCAUAAAAAUUAGUCUUUUCCCAUCUUUACGCUCCGUUUGUUGCUGACUCUGAAACAUAACAAAUACAAAUUUAUUAGCAUCAGCUUUAAUUUUAAGGCUAUAAUUUUCCCACACUUAUACUUAUUCAGGAAGCUAAUUGAAGAUGUCUGAGUUAGUCAUCACUUUAUUGAGUUUGUCUCACCGCAGGAAGCCCCUCCCCCCUCCCCGCCCCCAUCAUCACUUUGAGUCACAUCUGUAUGAAACAUUUAUUAGAGCUCGAGUGGGUGUACUGUACAUUUCAUGCUGUAAGCUAUUUUAAAAGCAAUCUUUAAACUGCUUUAGUUUUCUUGUCAGUAGCCUGAAUAGAAAAAUAAGACGACAUAUUGGAAUGUAACCAUUUCAGGAGAGGAUGUGGGCUUCAGACACUGAAAAGUAUCAAAUAUAUCGUGAAAUGGAACAAUUGGUUACAAUAUAACCCCAGUUCUCUGAGCUCCAUAUAUAUGGAAUAUACAGGGUGGACAGGGAUUCUUGACUACAUUUGGUUACAUUGCAACCCGGGUUCUCUGAGUGGACACAUACACCCGACAUAUUCCAUAUAUACAGAGCUAGAGAGAUGCUCUGCACACAGUGGAGAACUUAAUGAUUUGGCCCACCGUAUCCUCUCUGCUGUCUGUCUGGAGAGGACAAAUGUCAAAGGAAUCAACAGUGUCUGUUUGACACAGACAUAAAAACGUGUGCUGUAGGUCACAUUCACCCUGUCAGCUUUUCCAAUAUCAGAAUAAGAUAAACGAUCACACAGGAAGGAAGCGGUUUAAAGGUUCUUUAUUUUCCAUUUCAAUCCACAUGAGUCUUAUUAUCAUUAUUAUUAUUAUUAUUAUUAUUUUUAGGUUUAAUGAUAUGUUAAUCUGUUUAUGAAAUGUUUUUUGCCACUCGAGCUCAUUUUGAUGACUUUACAGUUUGUAAAAAACAAAGUCUGGCUGGGUACAUUUUAGCCAGUUCAGUUUGAGGUAAACGUUUUAUUUGAGGUUUGAGUUUCUGUUGACUGUAUUUAUUGUUGAAGACGUUUCAUCAGCCUUGUCUUAAAUCUCUGUGCCUGCCUGACAGAAGAGCGAUACUGUGACAGCUGUGGAGGUACAGCCGUCGCCUGCUGUGGUUUGUUCCUCUGCACGCGUGGGGAACGUCAGAGUUUGUUGAUCCAAAAUGAGCUGCUGAAGCUGUGAUCACAGGCUCGACCUGGAGCAGGUUUUUGUGUAUAUUAUGUAUAUUAUUGUACAUACUGGUCGCCCUCCUCCUACACAGUGUCUGUUUUGUGUAUUUCUGUAUAUACACUUAAAAUACACACAUGGCUGUGUAGGUACAAUCUGGUACUCUUUCACCUUCCUGAAUACAACCUUGGCACAAAUCACAAUCAUUCAUCAUUGCUGUGUAAACGAAUGUGUUUAAUCAGCGGCGGUACGCUGCCUGUCGGGUCUCUGGUACUAGUCACAGUUUCAACGAGUUCAUGGACGAAAUGAUCCGCUUGUUUCAGUUGGUUAAACCAAAGAGGCGUUCAGCUGACUGAGUGUCCAUAACAGCUGUGUUUACAGCUCAUGCCCUUCAUCAGAUCUUUGGUCCCAUUUAAAUGGGCUGGUUCAUUUAAAUGUAGCGCUUUUCUACCCUUCUGAGCAAAGCGCUUUAUACAACUUGUGCAUUCACCCAGUCACACAAGCACAUUUUCUAACUAACAUUCACACACUGAUGGAUGCAUUGGAGAGCAAUUUGGGGUUAGUAUCUUGCCCAAGGAUAUUUCGCAUGCAGACUGGAGGAAGCCAGGAAUCGAACCACCAACCUUCUGAUCAGUAGAUGACCUGCUCUACCGCCUGAGCUACAGCCACCCCACCCCCGUUUGCCGCCUCAUCUCAAAUAUCGCUUUAGUCACAAAUGAUUAUUGUGUUCUUUACAUUUUUUAUCCACCUAAUAUGUAGUGUGUGAGUUUCUUGUAUUUAUGGACUGACGCUCACAUGGGUGGAAGCUCUAGAAUUGUAGUUUUCUAGAGUUUGGCACAAUCAAUCCCAGCAAGCUCACAGGUUCAUCAGCCAGCUUACUCUGGUGGUUCUUUAGCAGGUGAGACUCGAUCAUGAAGAUCAUGUCAGCUGAAAAAGCCACUUAAGCUUUGUCACACUUUUCGGGACGUUUCCUUCGGUACGUCUGUAUUUCUGUGUUUUCAGCUCGUGUACGAGUGCUUUGCUUCUGCUUCAGGUCCGAGACUUUAAUGAAACCUCAAAGGGGAGAUGAAGGCUGCCUUGUGGAUCAACUCGAGUCUUAAAUGUUGCUUCGCUGUAGUCUCGUUUCUGUUUUCCAAUGUGGAAGCCGGUCAGUCACGUCCCUGUGUACGGUGUGUGUGGAUUUGUUGCUUUGCUUUUACACAUAUUUGUUGGACCUGUAAUGUGUAAAUACUUUAUUUCCUCUGCCAACUUUACACUAGUCACUUUGGAUAGUAGCAUACUUGAAAGGGAAAAUGAAUGUUGAGAAUGCGUCUUUGUUGUUAUGUGAACUUUUAUUUAGUGAAAGCUGUCUAAUGACAUUUGUAGCACUCGGCAAAACUGAUCUUUUUUUUUUUUUGUACCCUUUUAUUUUAUUCACUUUGCAACAUUUAGAAUGACCUGCGGACACAAACUGCUGAAUUAGAAACAUUUAGUAAUAAAAAAGUCUUGAAAUAA